AUGUCCAUCUCGAUGCGGCUACCGAUCCCGGCUCCCGCCGCCGCCGCGCCGACGCGGCUGAGGGUGCGAGCGGCAGCGGCAGGGGACGGGGGCUCUCUCCACGUCGCGCGCGCCGCCGUGCGGACGGACACGGGCGCGCUGAGGGGAUGCGCGUCGCUGCCACUGAAGCCGCUGGGCGCCGGCCAGCCGUGCCAGCGCAGGGGGACCGCCGCCGUGUGCCACUCGUCGGCGUACCUCAGCGCGCAGACCAUGCAGUGGAUCUCCGCCGGAGCCAGCGCAGUACUAUUACUUGCUAAAGGCACUGCCAUACACAAAUCUUUCCUUGUGCCAUUCUUUGCUCUUCAAGCACCUUGCAGCAUAAUCUCGUGGAUCAAGGGUGACUAUGGCCAGUGGACUGCUUUUCUUGCUCUGUUGGUGCGUCUAUUCUUCUUCAUUCCAGGUGAACUGGAGCUUCCGCUAUCAACAAUGCUGCUUGUGAGCGUUGCUCCUUACCAAUUGAUGAAUCUGAGGGGAACUCAAGGUGGUGCAGUACUGUCAUUGGCCAUAGCUGUGUAUCUCGCCUUCCAGCACUUCACUAGGGUGGGAGGUCUAGGCAAAGCCUUUGAGCAGGGAUCGAUUAUUGCGACCUUGGCCAUCAUCUGCAUCAUGAUUGUUCCCUUGAUGUUGCUAUUCUGA